UUUUACAGAAAUUCGAUUAUAUUCAUGUUUUCUUUCUGAAAUUAAAUUAAAAAAAAAACCAAGCAAAGCUCAUAUACGAGCUCAAGGCCCAGCCCAUAUUCUCCUUCUUGUCUCCACUCUCCGGUUUGCACUGCUCCCGCUCGGUGGCUGCUGCUUUCCGUUGCCGUCAUUCGUUGGUGCUGCAGAGCCACGGGGAGGCCGGCGGAACUCGUCCCGCCCCUGCAGCCACCACGUCAUUGGGAGAAAGUGGGAGACGAUCUCAAUUUGCUUCAGAUGUCUGCUUACACGCGCCGGCUGGGCUCCCAUUGCCACUCUCCCUCCCUCGCAUCCCUCCAUCUGAACCCUGCUAAAACCCCAUUUCUCUCUGCCCUUCCCAGAACCCUCAUUUCUCAACCCAAACGCCCCCUCCUGCAGUGUUUGUUUUGCAGCUCCAGCUCCUCCGGUAAUAACUCUCCGGGCUCCUUCGAUUACCUCUCCCAGUUUUCCCCUCAUUCAAGCGAUGCCCAUCUCAGCAGUUGGAGCUGUGUUAAUCCCCAUGAGCGGCGGAGAAUCACAGUCGGCUUAUCUAAGAUCAUUAAGUGCCACAAAGGUCAUACCUUGAAGGGAUUCUCCGGCAGCUUUUGCCCCAUUCUCCUGGUAGAGAUAAUGAAAAUGUUCGACUGCAGAGAAACCGCAUUUGCCUUCUUUAAAUCCACUUUCCGGGACCAUUCCGAGGAUGCCCUUCACUCCUGUUGCUUGGCCACGCAUGGCUUAGCGGCCGAUGGCCUCCGCUUCCUCGCGCAAGAUGUCGUUUUUUGGGUUAUCAGUAGAAUCGGUUCGUCUAGGAGUAAGGAUUUUGUAGAAUUCAUGUGGGAGAAGCACUGCUUGUUCGAAUCAGAUUUCUCGGUUCUUGAUACACUCAUGAGGGCAUUUCUGAAGGCUGGCAUGGUUUCUGAGGCCCUAGAUAUUGUGGGUCGAAUGAGGGAGGUAAGUGUUAGGCCGAGUGCAUCGGCCAUGACAGUCCUUUUCAAGAUGUUGCUGAGGGUUGGUAAUGUUGGCAGUGUCUGGAAGUUGCUUAGGGACAUGAUUCAUAUGGGGCCUCCCCCAUCAAAUUACGGCUUUAAUGCGCUGAUGUUCGGGUUUUGUAGAAAAGGGCAAAUUGAAGUUGGAGAGAGCCUGCUCCAUGUGAUGGUAAAGUUCAGGUGCGAACCUGAUGUUUGUACAUAUAACAUUUUGAUCAAUGCAUAUUGUAUGGCGGGGAAGACUGUAAAAGGACUUGAACUGAUGCAUAUGAUGAUUGACACAGGGUAUGAGCCCGACUGUGUUACCUUCAAUACAGUUAUUAAUGCCUUUUGUAAGGAGGGAAAUGUAGUGAGAGCUAGAAUUAUGUUUGAUGGAAUUGUGGAGAUGGGUCUCUCUCCGAAUACUUUCAUGUAUAACACUCUCAUGGAUGGUUAUGUUAAGGCGAGGGACAUACAUCAGGCUGACAUGCUUUACAUAGAUAUGAAAAGCAAGGGCGUGCCUCCUGAUUGUGUCACUUUUAAUAUCUUGGUUUCGGGUCAUUACAAAUAUGGAAGAGAAGAAGAUGCAGAUAGGCUGUUGAAGGAACUAUCUGUGUCUGGGUUGGUUCAAGGUUGUUCCCUGCAUGAUAUUUCAGUAGCUGGGUUAUGCUGGGCUGGUCGAUUGGAGGAGGCCACGAAAUUCCUAAAAGAUAUGCUUGAGAAAGGAAUAGGUAUGAGCUUGUUUGCAUUUAACUCAAUCAUUGCUGGUUAUAGCAAGGCAGGAUUGGAUAUUAAGGCUUUCGAAAUUUAUGAGGUUAUGGUGCAGUUCGGCUUGUCUCCUUCAUCAUCCACUUCUAGUACGAUGCUUAUGGGUCUAUGUAAGCAGGGGAGGCUGCAGGAAGCUAGAAGUCUCUUAAAUGAAAUGAUGGACAAGGGUUUUCCAAUCAAUAAAGGGACUUUUACUGUGCUGUUGGAUGGCUAUCUUAAGGUGGGAGAUCUAGAAGAAGCUCAAAUUUUGUGGGAUGAGAUGAAAUCCAGGGGUUUAUUUCCAGAUGCUGUUUCUUUUUCGGCUUUUAUAGAUGGACUCUCCAAAGCAGGGUUGAUGGAGGAGGCAUGUGAAGUGUUCAUGGAAAUGUUGGGCAAAGGGCUAAUCCCUAACAAUUAUGUGUAUAACUCUCUAAUAGGUGGAUUAUGCCACUGUGGCAGGCCAAAUGAAGCAAUGAAGCUGGAGAAAGAGAUGAGACGUAGAGGUCUUCUUCCCGACACCUUUACCUUAAAUAUAAUUAUAAAUGGUUUUUGCAAACUGGGAAAAUUGAAGUCUGCUACCGAUGCAUUUUUGGAGAUGCACCAGAUUGGGCUAAUCCCGGACAUAGUUACUUACAAUACUUUAAUCAACGGGUAUUGUAAAGCAUUUGACAUGGCCGGUGCUGAUAAAUUCAUGAACAGAAUGUAUGCCAGUGGGUGGCCUCCAGAUAUUACCACAUAUAACAUUCGAAUCCAUGGCUUUUGCUCUACUAGGAAUAUGAGUGGAGCAGCAAAGAUGCUCGAUGAGCUGGUUUCAUUGGGCAUCGUUCCAAACACAGUGACAUACAACAUUAUGAUGAACGGUGCCUGCCAGGACAUUCUGGAUCGUGCCUUUAUUCUGGCUGGGAAACUAAUUAAGAUGGCUUUCAUGCCAAAUGUGGUCACGGUAAAUUUACUUUUAUCUCACUUCUGGAAGCAAGGGAUGCCUGAGAGAACCUUGAAGUGGGCGCAGAAGUUGAGAGAAAUUUCCUUUUGCUUUGAUGACAUUUCCUACAAAAUUAUGGAGAGGGCAAGCAAUGAUAUAUGGCAAGAUGAUCGCCCUUCUUGGAGAACAUCUGAAAAGUGCCUCUUUUUGGACUUCGUAAUGUACAUUACUUAUGAUUCCUUGCGCAGAAGUCAACCUCAAUGUGAUAAGAGUCAUGCUCCUCUUAAACUUCUUGGGAGUAAUUAUGUUAAUUCAUGAUAUAAUUUGAUUGCAACAACAUGGGAUUGCAUAGACCAUACUUGCUUGUGAUCAGGAACAUGUUCAUUGUGCAGGUUAAUGAUAUUAUGAUCGCAGGUGAUAAGGCACUCGGUUUUUGUUCUUCUGAUAACCUGCACAACGAACCUACUCUCAAGGUAUAUUGAUCGUAAGAGUUAUUGAAAGUUUUUUGAGACAUACAUAUGCAUGCUUAAUGACUAUUUAGUGAAGGCAAAGGGCAAUUAGAUGCAAGGAUUAGGCAAUGGCGGUUGAUUAGGAGAGGAUGAAGAUGGAUUAAGCAAAUGGUUUGAUUUGAAGAAGAUAAAAAGGCAUUAAUGGAAAGAUAUUGAUAGUUGAGUGCACGAUUUGAAGACUUAGGAUAUUUUUGACAAAGAUAGACUUGUCAAGUGGCAAGAGGCGGCCAUGAAGAGAGGGGCGGCUGGCCUUGGCUGGUCGUGGGUCCCAUGGGCCUCGGCGGGUGAGUCUGGAAAGAUCGGGUCUCGAUUGGUUGCGCGUUCGAGGCUCGUAGCUCAAAUGAUUGUCGAAUUGGCAAUGUGCGCGCGAAGACGAUUCAAAUGAGCCCCACAUUGCCCAAUUCUACAUAAAAAAGGUUCAGGUGGUCCCCGGGGUCGGAAGCCAAUUUUUUGCUCGUUUCAAGCGAUCAGAGCAAAGUUAGCCGUUUCUGAAUGCGCAUUCCGUCUCUGUGUUCCGUGUUGGUCGUUUUGACAUAUAUUGUCGUUCAGACCGAACAGUUGCCCAAUAAGAUGGUAUUGCAAAUGUGGAAUCAGAGACGUCCUAGGAGUCUGCAAAUAAAUGUCUCUGACUGCUUCUUGAAUAUCUCGAGGAAGCCGGAGAUCGCUGCUAUCUCCGUUUGUUGAAAAUCGAUCUUGAAGAACGGCCGAGGGGCAUCUAAGACCUUUAAAGCACUAUUUUGGAGGCCUAGAUGAUUUGUGCAAUUCAGUUGAGAAUUCCACAUUGAGCCUUGCAAUUGCUAGUACCAUAUUAGCCAGCCGCCUAGCGUCAAGUUUUCGCCCAAAAGGACCUCCGGUUAUGGAUUUGUAUUGAAAACGGCGUUUUCUACUACUUGGAGGUCACUUGUGAAACUAAAAGUAGUUGUACGGUCUGAUUUGGCAAAUUGCAUCUGACCGCUACAGUUUUCGGGCAAUGCAGGGCUAACUUUAGUUACCGACGUUUUGCCAGGCGAGUCUCCGGUUAUGUGUUUUUGCUAAAAGAUUGGCUUGUUCUAUUAUUCGGGAGUCAUUCUGGAAGCUUGAAUGACUUCCUAGAAACAAUUUGAAAUAAGGCUCAUGAUUUGUAGAACCGCAGAGUUUAAUUGAGCCUAACAUCGGGCAUUAGCUUUUGUCUGAUGAACCAACGUUUUUGAACUUUGUCUGUAUUUGUUAUAUUGCUAUGUACAUAGCAGUUGAUUUGCGAAAUGCAUUCAGAAACACUUUUCA